AUGGCUGAUCUAUCGGAGCGUAUUGUCCAUUCCAAUCUCACUGGCUACUGCAUGGAGAGCCACAAUUCCGCCAGCCAUGAGGCAACCCCCUCGAACGGGACAAGUAUGGAGAGCUCUAUUAGCCAGCCCCUAACGAGAGCAGGAAUUUUGAAGGCAAUCCAGUCCUUAUUACAACCUAAUGAUACCCUGAUAGCGGAAACUGGUGACAGCUGGUUCAAUGCGCAGAUGAUCAAACUCCCGCCCCGGGUAGACUAUCAAAUGCAGCUGUUGUAUGGUUCUAUCGGAUGGAGUUUACCAGCAGCAAUGGGUUCUCAACUUGCCCGGCCAGAAGGGCGUUCAGUCUUAAUGAUUGGGGAUGGGAGCUUCCAAAUGACAGCCCAGGAGUUGAGCACGAUGAUUCGAUUGAAAAUGAACUCCGUGAUUUUCAUCUUCAAUAACAUGGGAUACAGAAUUGAGAGUGCAAUCCACGACGGUCCAUAUAAUUACGUCAGCAAUUGGAACUAUGCUCUCUUUGCGGAGACCUUGUGCAAUAUAUCCCACAGCCCUGGAAACGGGAACAACUAUCUGACAGAGGUGGAAAGAAGAGAUCAAAACAAUCCAGCUCUAUUUGUGAUGCGCAUCAAGACCCACGACGAUUUACUAUUGGCAGUGGAUCGUGUUCUGAGAGAACCAAAUAAGCUGGCAGUUCUCGAGUGCUGCAUUCAUCCCUGGGAUAUAAGUGAAGCUUUAGCUCGAUUUGGUCAGGCUCUCGGCCAAAAAUAA